AUGAAGCUCACUGCCCUCUUUGUAUCUGCCGCAGCUGUCGUCCUUGCUGCCCCGACGGCGAAUUUAAACAACCCGGAGAUUGAAGCACGCAAUACUCAAUUCGUCUCCCCAAAAGACACCUUCCUUCAUUACAUCAACACUGGUAUCACCAAUCAUGACGUUUAUGGAAGACCCCUGGUGGUAAAGAAUGGCAAAGCCGCUGAAGAAACCAGCGCAGUCGUCACCUUCGAUUUUGACGGGAGUUAUAACGGUCGUCGAUGCAGACUCCGCUUCGACACUUCAGCCGGUGAUAUAUCCAAGGGUUCGCAGCAGCUUGACGUAUACAGCGUGAUUAACCCGCCAACCUGGCCCAUUCAGAGCCCAUUCAGCAGAGACCAACACCGUGGCCGAAUCUAUGUUUUGGUCUCCGGAACUGCACAGUGGGUGCAGGGUUAUAAUGGAUAUCCUGAAUUUGACUGCCCCGUCAACAAGCGCAUUGGGUAUGAGUUCGUUGGUGUUUAUGAUUAUGACAUUAUCGACUGGAACGUCGGUUCAACUGGACCUCGCAUUGAAGUCUUGUAA